AUGGGCCUUCCAGACGUCAAAUCCGAGGGCGAUGGCCACAGUCCGGUCCUCAGCCAGGAGAACUACAACUCCGAUUCGGACCUUCCUCCCCUCGUCAACACCACCGAGCGCCGGCUCAUGGCCAAGAUUGACUGGCAUGUCUUGCCGUCAAUCUGUAUCCUUUACCUGCUGGCUUUCCUGGACCGUGUGAAUAUCAGUAAUGCGGCUAUUCUGGGAUUGACCAAGGAAUUGGAUCUCGAGACCGGCAACAAGUACAACACUGCAUUGACUAUAUUCUUCGUGCCGUAUAUUAUUUGCGAAAUUCCAUCGAACAUCCUGCUGAAAAAGUUCAAGCCUCAUGUUUGGCUGACCUUUUGCAUGUUCAUGUUUGGAAUUGUUAUGCUUUGCCAGGGAUUCGUUUCGAACUGGGGUGGACUGAUGACCACCCGAUUCUUCCUGGGUGUCUUCGAGUCGGGCAUGUUCCCCGGAUGCUUCUACCUGCUGGGUAUGUGGUACACUCGAACCGAGGCCCAGAAGCGCUUCAGUUUCUUCUUCAGCUCGACGACACUGGCAGGCGCAUUUGGUGGCCUGCUCGCAUACGGCCUUGGACAGAUGGAGGGAAUUCGCGGGUACCUGGGCUGGCGCUGGGUUUUCAUCAUUGAGGGCGUGAUUACCUCCGUCGCUGCGAUGAUCCUGUUCUUCUUCAUGUCGGAUUUCCCCGAGGAGGUCUCUUGGCUGACCGAGGAGGAGCGUGCUUUUGUUCGCGCGAAGCUGGCUAGAGACGUCGGCAAGUCUGCUCAUCAUGCUAAGCUGGGAAUGAAGGAGGUUCUGGCUGUAUUCAAGGACUGGAAGGUCAUUGUUGGUGGCUUCAUGUACUUCGGUUUGAUUGUUCCGGCAUACGGAUACGCCUACUUCGCUCCUACCAUUAUCAAGAGCUUUGGUUAUGACUCGGUCAAAACCCAGCUCUACUCCAUCCCGCCAUGGGCUGUGGCUUUUGGUUUCUCGAUGGUGAUCGCAUACUUCUCCGAUCGUCUGCGCCAUCGAUUUGUCUUCACUCUCAUCCCGAUCGCGGCAGCCGUGGCUGGAUUUGGCAUGCUCUUGGGCAUCCAUGACCGCUACCACGUCGAGUAUGGUGCACUGUUUCUGGUCACCUCCGGCUGCUACAGCGCCAUGCCCGUCAUUGUCUGCUGGUUCGCCAUGAACCUUGGUGGUCACCACCGACGAAGCGUGGGUACUGCCUGGCAGGUCGGAUUUGGCAACAUUGGCGGUAUCAUUUCCACCUUUGCGUUUGCUACGGACAACAAGACCUUUACGACGGGAUACGCUAUUUGUGUCGGAUUCUGCGGGUUGACCGUGAUCUCGAUCUUCGUCUACGUUGCGGCUCUAUGGCUUGACAACAAGAAGAAGGACGAGCAACUUGCCGCUGUGGACCCGAAUGCGAUUUCGGACUCGGAGGAGGAGAUGCUAGGUGACCUGGCACCCAAUUAUAAGUACACCUACUAG